UAUUUUUUAAAGCAAUUUUGUUGACAGAAAAUAAAUCUUUUUUAAAAUUCGAAAAACCCGCCUUCUCGCACAAAUUUUCAUCUUACAAAUAAGAUCUUGUUUAUUAAAAUCUCUUAAGAAUUAUCAGAACAUUUAUUGCUGCCAUAAAUCCUUGUUUUUGACAUUGUUAAAUAUGGAUAGAGAACAACAGUCUUAAGCUUCUUUUCAACAAAACCUUAAGAUGCUGUCACAAUGGCGAUAAACGUAAUGGUCGAUUUAUAUUAUUUUUAGUAGAGUUAUUAUUUUUCAUUACAUAUUCAAACGUUUUGUUGUAUAUAUAUAUAAUAUUUAAAUAAUUUAGUAAAAUUAUAAUGGAAGUUAUAAAAAUGUAUAUUUAUGAUUGGAUAAAUUCUAAUGCACCUACAUAAGCUACUAUUUGCUUUUGUGUCAUAUGAGUCCCAUAAAGGAAAUUUAUCUUUAUUCAAGUUACAAAUCUAUUGAUAAGGGUCAAAAUAAAUAUUUCCUUUGAUAAUAGUGUAAGUUUGACUCGAUGCUUUUCGGAGUACUCAAUUCCACAUUGAAAAUGAUUAGUUUAUUUUAAAAAUACUUUAACAUGUAAUCGUGAUCAUUAUUAAGAUCAAUCAUAUAUUGAUCGACAAAUUUAUACGCAAAUGUAUUUAAUCAAUAAUUAGUUCGAUUUAGUUCAGUGUUAUUAUAUGUCACGCCUUUAAUCUUCCUUCUUGAUUGUUUAAAAAAUUUCAAAAUUGGCUUAUAUUAAACAGGAUGGCAUAUAUAGUGUAGUAAAAUAAAUGUUAAAAUUGGCCUAAGACGACAAAUACUUUUUACACAUAAUGCGUAUAUUACGAAGAGUAUGAAUCAUCGAAUUUGCAUUAUUAUAUUUCUAAAGAUGCAUGGGACUGUCGAACUAAUUUUAAAUAGUGCUUUAUUGUGGAUAUUACUGGAAGCAACGUGGACCGUGUUAGUGAGCAUUUUAUACAGUUUCCGUAUACCUUGGAUUUUUUGGGGUUCUUUGAUUAUAUUGAUUGGAUUGAAACUAGUCCGAGUUCCACCUCCACGUGCAAGUAUUGUGAAUGAAGUACUCGGUGUGAAUCCCUUUUUUAUAGGAAAGGAAAUACACACGACUGACAACCAGGGUGAUGGAGAACGAUAUUGCAUGUCUGUUGUAGCUCAUCGUGGUGGAGGAUAUGAUUACCCUGAGAACAGCUUGUCGGCUUUUCAAAAUAGUAAAGAUAAAGGAUGUACUGCAGUUGAACUCGAUUUAACUCUUACAAAAGACAACAUUCCAAUAGUAUUCCACGAUGCCAAUAUUGAAAGACUUACGGGUCAAAAAGGUGUAGUUAAUGAAAUGACCUGGGAUCAAUUAAAGGAAUUAGAUAUCUCAUAUAAUCAUCCACUUAAGAAUAAAUUUUCUGAGGGAGAAAAAAUUGCGUUAUUCAAAGAUGCAUUACAAACAUGUUUGAAGAACGAUUUGAGAGUGAUUAUUGAUAUUAAAGAAACAAGAUUAGAUGUAAUACAAGUAAUAUUAGACGCUUAUAAAGAAAAUCCAAAUUUAUUUAAGAAAGCAGUUGUUUCAAGUUUUAAUCCUGUGAUUGUAUAUUUGAUUAGAAGAAAAGAACCGCGCAUUGUAUCGAGUUUAGCUUGGAGACCACAUUACUUCUCAAGAGAAUCUUAUUUAGGAAUAAAUGGACCAGGACCAUCGCGUUUCGUUAAUCCAUUUAAACAUUUGGCAGCUUGUAUAAUGGACGUUCUAUACGAAUGGGCAUUACCAAGUUUUAUUUAUUAUAUUGUAGGAAUAUCUACUAUUCUUUUACACAAGGAUAUAAUUAAUCUGCGUGUUAUCGAAAAAUGGCAUGAUCGGGGAAUUCGUGUGAUGGCAUGGACCGUCAAUUUGCCAUCAGAGAAAUUACACUUUUAUAGGCUCCUUAAAAUAACGUAUUUAACGGAUACGUUGUUAACAGAAAAAGUAUAAUAAUACUAUAAUAUUUAUUCAGUAUUUAAUAAAAUGUGUGUAGUACCGAUAUUGUAUUCUUACAAUUUGACAAUUUUAGCACAGAGUGCAUAACAUUUGAUAUUCUAGUCUAUUUAUCGUAUAUCGAUGAAAAUGAUUUUGUACAUCAUUUUUUAACUUAUCGCUACAUUUUUAACUUAAAGGAGGUUACUUUA